UGAUAUUGUUUCAAUUAUAUGACUAAAGGCUUUCAUUGAUACGCGUGCGCAUCCAAUGAAAAACAAACGGACAAAGAGAUAUGGCGUCGACGAGUGAAGCUAUUGUGGAAUUAGAAGAACUUCUGCCAACUGCGAUUCCAGAACAAGAUGAUACGGGACAAAAUUCAGAAACACAACUUACAACAAACAGAAGCACAAUCACAGAUACCUUUGAAACCUUUGCCAACAGACAGAACACAGAACCCAAUCAGGCUGAGCUUCUGGGCGAGGACACUCUGAGCAAACUGACAUCCGAUGAAGGGACACGACAGAAUAUCAUUAAAGAACUGAUUGAUACUGAAGACGAACAUGUGCGCUUCCUGAAAAUUCUGAAUGAGCACUUCUACACGCCUAUGAAGCGUGAGGACUGGAUAAAUAGAGAUUUCAUUCAGUUACUGUUUCCCAAUCUGGAGACCAUCAUCCACUUUCAUGAGACUUUGUGGGAACGUAUGAAGGAACGCCGCGAAGAACGAGGUGUGGAAUGCACUGUUGGAGACAUCCUGGUGCAGACCUUUGAUGACGAGAACUUCAAACAUGCCUGCGAUGAAUUCUGUCGCAACCAAGCCUACGUCAACGAAAGCAUAAAAAAGUUCAAAAAAAAUAAGAAGUUUGCCCAGCUUUUGGUUGCUGCGGAGGCAAACUGUGAAAAGUUCAAAAUGUAUAAAACCCUAGGAGAUCUCAGGUAUAAACAGAAUAUUAGGCUCACCAAAUACCCUCUACUCAUUAAUGCCGCCAUGAAGAAAACAAAAUCGGGAACUGACGACAGCAAUUCUUUGAAGCUAGCGCUUGAGUGCAUCGGUCGUAUCCUAGAGAGUGUGAACCAAAAGACGAUAGAUCAAGCUCGUCUCGUACAACUCAGCAAACUGAUCGAUAAAGAUAUCACGUAUUCACGCGCCGAGGAUGACGCAAUAAGGGACCUGGAUAUACGAAAGCACACGUUGAUAAAGGAAGGCCCGUGUACUUGGGUUUAUAAGACAAAUAAGCGCAGUAAGAAAUCUGUCGAAGUGCACGUAGUGUUACUGGGAAGGGCCUUGCUUAUUUUGAGAAAAGUGAAAGGUCGGUUCGUGUUGAUGCAGUACAACGCCAACGGGGAUAGCACCAUGCUGUGGUUGAAUACCGUUCUGGUGCAUGACGAUGUCAAAGACGAGAAAGCUUUUCUCGUGGUCAGUACGUACAAAUCGAUGAUGGUUUACAAGCUGUUAGCUACAUCCGCAGAGGAAAGAAAUUCGUGGACUACAACUAUCAGAAAAGCAUCGGAGGCGUCCAAAAUGGAGCAGGCAACUCCGACACUAGAACCCUGCCCUGCUAAAUUUUUUGAGGCAGACCGAGUGGUGCAAGAGUUGCAGAACAUCCAUAAGCUCAAGAAAGACAAACUUCGCGAAAACGAAAAGCAAAUAGCGGCCAUCUUUGAUGAGCGGCUGACGAUUAUUGGUGAAAUCCUGUUGAUUGGUGAACUCGCACUUACCAUUGAGCAAGAUCAGGUCCAAGCAGCAUUACAAAGUCACAAUGACAAAACGGACACCAUGCGUCAGGAGCUAAUGUCCGCGCAGGGGGAGUUAGAUCGUCUAUGGUCGAUAGAGCAGUUCCGCAUGAAGGCUGCUGAGAGUCCGAGCGAGGUGGAGCCGACUUUCGGCACCGUGUCUGCCCGACCAGCCAACCUGGUGCCCCCCCCUCGACGCUUUGAGAGUCCUAUGAAAGCAAGACGUGCAGCAAGCAGACGGUCGACCAGAAAAUUGAUUGAUACUCCAGAAGAAGACCAAUCGGAAUACGGAUACACCGGAAGUAGAAUUUGAUGUAAAGCUGUAAAGCUGUUAAAGCUGUAAAGUUUGCUUAGAUUUGUUUUCUGUUUGCGCACAAGUUAACCAAGGAAGUCAAAUUAUGUCCAUUUUUAGAAACAUUGAUUAACAUACCACAGUUAUAUUUCAUCUUUUGUUAUUGUAUUAUAAUCGAACUGAACUACUUUAUGAUAUUUAAAAAACAGUCACACUAAUAUCAAUCUCUAAACUAAAUGUAUGCAAUGGGAUAACGAAAGCCUGUGAUUUAUGGUUGGCCAUUUUUCCUACAAUUGAAUUUCGAUACAUAACCAAAUACCAAUACAACCGUUUAAUUUGCAGUAAUAGUUAUGCAAACAUUUGCUGUAAUACUUAAAUUUAACCUUUAACUGUAUUUUCAUAAUGCAUUACUUUUAAAGAGGUAAUCCUUUUGAAUGCCAAAUUGUUGUUUCUUAUGAUAAUCCAACAAAAACACAUAUUUUUCUUCACUUUAUAUCAACGUUUUGGCUUACGACUUCAUCACGAUAACACAAAUACUAACAGAAAGCAUGAAUAUUGUAGUAUGAUAAGUUAUAUGUUUAGUUAGAAGUUGAGUGCGCUUAUGUGUUUAACAAAAAUCGUGAUGUGAUGAGAACUGAGUUUGCGAUUUAAUGAAAAUAGUUGUUAAUAAUGAAACCAACAAUUGAUAAGUACCGUGAUUUUAUAUAACGUGUUUCUGUGUGACUUAACAGUUUAUGAAUUAAUUUUUCGUUGAUUGAAAUUUAUAUUUUGUAUACAGUAUUUCCUACAUAACUUGUUUUGUAAAAAAAAUACGUGACAUUUGUUUAAUUGUCAUAUAAUUGUAUUCAUACGAUACCAAUAUUACAUUGAAUUUGAGUUUCGCUUUUCUUUCGGUUUUAGUUUUCCAGAUCAGACGAAAAAAAUAAAGUUUUUAGAAUGUUUAUCUUAUAACGUGUGUUAUUGUUAUGCAUUUGCAUUAUGUGUUUUAUCUUUAUUAUUCAACAUAAACAGUUAAUUUAACACGACAAGAUAACACUUUAGAUAUAGUAGGUUCAUACAAAUUAAGUAGAUGUGUAGUGUUUAUUUGUUUACACAUUCUGACAAUAAAAGCAGUUACGACCAAGUAUAUCAAUUUAAAUGAUCAACACAUUGCAAACAACAGACAGUGCAAUUAUAAAGUUAUUAAAUGAAACAGUUCAACAUAUCUUUCGUCAAGUUCUCCAUGUAUCUCUUGAAAAACUAUUAACUAAAUAUUUCUUUCGAUAUACAUUAACAUCGGUUAUCUACUAUUGACAAUACCUUUUUUAGUGUUUAUACGCACACACUAAUGGUAUAAAGUUGUGGUUUAUCCUAGAGCAAUAAUUUGUUCAAAUAAAUAACCAAUACAUGUUCAGCAAUCUAUGGAAAACUUAUGUCGUAAACAGAUAAACAACACUCCAAAUGAACAAAGUUUAUCGAACCUUUCCUGAACUAUGUAUGAAUAAACGACUUUUUUUAUUUUUAGAUUCAAUAAAUGAUUUAUCAAACUAAAUAUAAAAUCAACGUCACCAAUGCAUGCUUAAUUUUAUAUACAAUCUAUUUGAUAACAAUUAUAUAUACAAAUGUAUUGCCCAUUUCGUUGCGUUUAUAUAUUUCCACGGAAUUACUAGCGUCAUAUUUUAUUUGUAUUCUUAAUUUGUAAGCUAUAUAUGAAUAAUAAUCAAUAAUUCCUUAAGACUAAACACACAUUGCCGCAUGAAGAACACGUGUAAUACUGAACAAUUCCUGGAUAUCAUUAUCAUUACUAUUUACAAAGUUUUCAUAAGUAUUACCUUAUUUUCAUAAUUAUUAUCAUCCAUGUCAUUACACUUGUGUAUUAUACAUUAGGCUAAAAAGCAUUUUAUGCUUAAGAGCUAAUAAAUGUUGUUGUUGUUGUUUAAUAAUGGUCAAUGUUCUAUUUGUAUUUUUACGGAUGUAUGUUUUAUGUUUAACGUGUGUUUUUUUAGAUGUAAUUUAGAUAUUAACACAAUUUUCUAUCCUUAUACAAGCUUUAAAUUUUUUCUGAAAAAUCUGGUAUAAACCACAACAAGGAGAAAAACUGAUUACAAAGUUCAUACACUUCUUAAACGUUUGUGUGUAUUUUAUUGCACGUCGUAUUAGAUAUUUUGUAGCCAAUGUCUUUAUGUAGUAGAUAUUUUUUAUCAAUAUAUAAUUUUAUUUUAUGCUUUCCGUUGGUUUAUAGCGAACUAUCAGUAAAAUGAAACUGAUAUUCCACUGUUUCAAACAAAUGACAGUGAAGAAUAUCGAUACUGUUUUACAGUGCAUGACGUCAUUUUUUGGACGAAAUGACGUCAAAAUUCCAGCGAAAGUAUAGAGUUAAACUCUUUAACAAUGUAAAUAAACGGUUAAACCGCAUAAAAGAACAUUUGUUGGAAUCGGUGGAAUAUCGAUUUUAAUUUACUCGUGAUCAUAUAAAAAGAAAUUCACUCGAAGCAAUAUGAUUUUCUAUGAUCACUCGUGAAAUAAAAUCAAUAGUCCGCCGAUUCCAACAAAUAUCCCCUAUGUAUGAACAAUUGUGUGAUAACGUGUGUCAUGUAUCAUUUUGUUAACAAUAAGCAGUGUAGAUAUGUAUACGUACACGUUAUUGAAUUGAUGGACAAUAGAACACAGAUGCGCCAGUUUCAUAAGUUCCAAACGCGUUACUUAGUAGAUACAACAUAAUAACACCAUAGAUAUAUAUAUUGUAAGUUGACGAGUGUAUAAGUAAUUGUUAACAUAUGUCGUUGAAACUGUUGUGCUUUACACAUACAUCAUCUAUAUACCAUUUGAAACGUUGGAAAAUGGCACAUAUUAAGACGCUUAUAGCAAUUGCCUUAACGCAAGUACCCAAUAUUCUUUUUUCUUUUAACAACUUGUAUCGGUCAAUAUGUUUAUUAUAUUUUACCACACAUAUAUAAUAGGUGUUUUGCAAUUUGUUAAAUUUUGAAUCGUAACUAAGCGAAUACAUAUAUUUUAUAUAAUUUGAUAAAAGGUGUUAUUAUUAAGAAACCAAUGAAUACAAACUAAAUUGUAGUAUUUUUUAUGUGUAACGAUUAUUUUGUUUUCGGUAUUUUUUUAUUGACAUACUGCAAUUUACUGAAGGGGAUAUAAUUGCAUAUUUAAACUGUGUCAUCGUUUUUCUUUUGUAAGCUUAAUUAAAAUAAACAUUACAGAAAAUGACACACUCAAUUAAUUUGUGCCAGCGUAUAGUAGUAUGUAUAUGUUUGUAUUACUCCUUCUUUUAAAUUCAAUAAACGUAUUGCGAUUUUGAUUUCAUAACUAAUGUAUAAAAUAUGAUUUAUGUAUUAUAUUAUGUGUGUGCGUCGUGUCUUGACUAAGCGAUCACAAAUGUGGACGUAUUUAAUUGUACUUAAACUAAAAUGUCAUACGUUUUCUCUCAAAUCUAAAGAUUAAAUAGCCUUGUAUGUCGUUAAAAAACAUCGCAAAAGGGGUUGAUUGAUCACAUGUCAGUAUUAUCAUAGUUGUUAAAACAUGAACGGACAAUGAGAAAUUGACUGAAGUUGUUAUAAACAUGAACUCGCUUUACGAACUGGAUGCGAGUUGAUUUUUUUUAAAGAAUUUCAUUGGUUGUAUAUAAAGUUAUUUGCACAAUGAUUUUGACACCGAUCACCCACGUGUUACGCACAAAAUAUAUUUAUUAACCUUUGCUUUUUGUUCAAGAUGUGCACGCGGGUCAUAAAGUUCAUAGGAAAAGAAUGCAUAUGCACAUAUGAACAUUCUAUAAGGACGUCAGUCCGUAUACAAUACACUUUAUAAAACCUAGCUUUAUAGAUUUAAAACGUCCCAUGUGUGAUUGCAAAUAAAUAUGCAUACAUGUGAAAUACUUUUUUAAUUCUCAUUAUCAAGAGUAGUAGAAGUAGUAUAUCGUUUGUAUUGUGUAUUCAUUUAGUUUAUUAUUGAACAUAGUUGUUCAACGCGUUUACCAACAAACCAAAGUGCAAAUAAAUUAUAAACAUACAUAAGAGGUCUGGAUUGGUCUUCAGUUAAAUGUUAAAUUCUCGUUUUUAUGUUCAAUUCUAUAAUUAAACAUUAUACAUUCAAAAAUUACACAAAAGUAACAUUCGAUUGGUUUUAUCUUUUAAAAGCGUACGUAAACAACUAUGGACUUUGGUUUUGCUGUAAUUGCACUAUGAUUUAUUGAACGAUUUAAUCGAUUAUCAUGUGUUUAAAUGUUUUGUGUAUUGGUACAAAGUUUUGAGUCUUUAGGUAUAAAUAAACGACCGACCGGUUAUCGAGCAUCAUCAUUUACAGAUAUGAAAGUUCGUAUUAUGUUCGUAUGUUUAUAUUCCAGAUUAGUUUUUGGUUUUCAAAUACUUCAUUACCGUGUGUUUUGUUUAAUGAUCAAACAAAUGCUUAAAUAAAUAUUAAAUGUGGCAUGGUAUAUGUUAAAAACCACUAGUUAAAUAAUAAAUACCCAAAGACUCAAAACACAUAAAUGUUUGCUCGUAGUGUGUUGUAGUAGCUUUAAUGACAUCUAUCUUUUAUUAUGUAAGGGGCAUGUUCACAGAUUGCCACGAGUAUACAAUUUAUUGUUCACACAUAUGUCAUGACAUAUUACACAGAUAUAUAAAAGGAGCGGCAUUAUAAACACAAAUAGUAGUCAUUAGUUUAAAUUUAUAAACUUGCGAAAAUAACGCGAACAAAUGGAAAUUAUUAUUGUAACUACUACUUAAAUUUAAGUUUUGGAAAACACGCUAAUCAGUUACACAAUAAAGAAAAUUGUAAACAAUAAACGUAUUGAUAUCAUUAUGUCGUCAUAGACGAAAGGAAACUCAAAGGUAACCAUGUUCGACCUUUAAUUGGCAUGAAUUUUAAGCAAAGAGAAAGCAUCAUUGAACUCCAUCAAUACCCUUAUCUUGUACUGCGUAUUAAAUGAUUAAUGAAAGUCAUUACACUUGUCACGCUUAGGACAAGAUUGAUGAACAUACAAAAAUAACUGUGAGCAUGUCCCAUGAAUUACUUAUACAAUUUUUAUAAGAUGUUUUUAUAAAUGGUGUUUUGAGGCUUUAUAAAAUUAAAACGAAUAUGUCUUUAAUGUUGUAUUAGUAAAGGGUUCAAUAUAUAAAACUUCAUUCCUCAUAAAAGUACAUACCGGCGAUACUCAGACACAAAUAAAUAUAAGCAUGCAUUACCUUCACUCAAUACUUCUUGUUUGUUGGCAGAAACGUAAUAGCGUUUAAAUUGCUUUAUUACAUAUAUAUUAAGUACCUAUAGGCGCAAUUGCCAAAAUAGUUAUAAAAAGGGUUCAACAAAAAAUGCCAAGAUUUUCUGUGGGAGGGGGUAUAUUUGGCUUAAAAACCGAGAUUGUUAAAUCUAUUUAGGUAUAUGUAAAUACCUUUCUUAGGUUUCUACCAAAACCCAAUUAAGAAAUUUCAAGAUUGAUAAUUGUGUAAAUCUAUAUUCAAGAAAAUUGUCUAUGUGCUUCUUAAAAGCUUUUGGAAAACUAAAAGGCAAGCGUUACCGAAAUAAGAGUAUUUUUGACAAAAAACUCAAGAUGCCAUGGCAUGUACUCAAUAUUUAAAUGUGUAUGCAUGCAUAUUAUAACAGCUUCACAUAUUAGCAUUAAAACAAAAUAAAAUGUGCGUGUGUUGUUUUAUUUCGAUACUUUCAUAUUUUCUCGAUCAAUCUGUAUUGUGAUUAUUCUUAAUUAGAUCCUUGGGUUAAAUGUACAUACUGAUCAAUGUGUAUUUUCAUGUUAACAUAUGUAUUAAACACAUUGAUUACAUCGA